GUUUUCGAAUCAGUAAAUUAUUUUUGUCGGCACAAACAACUCGCUUGAAAAAUAUCGUGCCAUCCUUCUCUAUAACAUUGCUGAAAAAAUCCAAUGGCAUCGUUGUUUGUGCGAUAUUUGUCUUAUUUUGUGAUAAUAAUCACAGAUUUAAAAGUUCUAACUGGUGUAUUUAUCAUUUCUCAGGUCUGCUCUUUAAUUGGCGUGACAACAACUUCUUUUUCGUCUCGAUGGGUUGUGACUAGAUGUGACGAGUCCAGAUUUCACCAAUGCGAAGCACAUCUUGGGCUAUUUGAGUCGUGUGUCGUCUACACUAAUUUAGAUCCUAAUGGGGGCGAUGAAUUUGAGUGCAGCAUGUGUAAAAGGGAUCCGGGAGACAAGGAGUUCUACACUGGCAAGACAGACGUGGAUUCUCUCACGACAUGCAAGGCAUUCGCUGGUUUGACAUUGACCUUGAACCUGGUUCUUUUUCUCACUUCAACUGUCUACAUUCUGGCUUCGUGGCUGGACUGGAACAAACGAGUGCAGAAGUUAUCAUACGUUCUUUCUCUUCUCGCAUCAGUCGGCCAAGUGCUCACUUAUGCAAUUCAGGCGUGUAUUGCAACGUGGUUCUUCCGAAACGUCUCCGAGAUCAAAGUCAAUUCCCACAUCCACGCUGUCGAGGCUCUCAGCUUUGGAUGGCCACGAGUGGUGUGCUGGUUCGUCCUACUUGUCCUUAUACUGCCUGCACUCAUUCUCAUGUAUCUAUUCUGCAAACUAGUACGACAGACGUCUCAGUAAGCCGAACUCAUUAGACGUCUCAGUUAGCCGAA